GAGGAACUUUUCUUCCAUGGCUCAGGACAUACUCCGGGAUCAGGCUAAGAGAACUUUUUGUGUGGACCUAAGCCCAAAGAUCCUGGAAAGAGUUGCUGAUGAAGAUGACAAGUGUCCGCUGCAAGCUGGCCCAGUAUCUAGAGGACCUUGAAGAUGUGGACCUCAGGAAAUUCAAAAUGCAUUUGGAAGAUUAUCCACCUGAGAUGGGCUGCAUCCCACUCCCCAGGGGCCAGAUGGAGAAGGCAGACUAUUUGGAUCUAGCCACACUCAUGAUUGACUUCAAUGGGGAGGAAAAGUCAUGGGCCAUGGCUGUGUGGAUCUUUGCAGCUAUCAACAGGAGAGACCUCUGGGAAAAAGCUAAGAAGGAUCAGCCAGAGUGGAAUGAUGCCUGUGCUUCUAAUCUCACUGUGGUAUGCCAGGAAGACAGCCUUGAAGAGGAGUGGAUGGGUUUACUGGGAUAUCUUUCCCGAAUCUCAAUUUGUAAAAGAAAGAAAGAUUACUGUAAGAUGUACAGAAAACAUGUGAGAAGCAGGUUCUACUGUAUCAAAGAUAGGAAUGCACGUCUGGGUGAGACUGUGGACCUCAACAAACGCUACACUCAGCUACAACUAAUCAAGGAGCAUCCGAGCAAGCAGGAGAGGGAGUAUGAAUUGCUGAGCAUUGGCAGGACCAAAACGUGGAAUAGACCCAUGAGUUCCAUUAAGCUGGGGUCGCUGUUUGAUCAUGAGGAUGAGCACACAGAGCCUGUGCACACAGUGGUGUUCCAGGGAGCAGCAGGCAUUGGAAAAACAAUACUAGCCAGGAAGAUUAUGUUGGACUGGGCAUCUGGAAAGCUCUUCAAAGACAAAUUUGAUUAUGUAUUCUUUAUCCACUGUCGAGAAGUGAGCCUCAGGACACCAAGGAGUUUGGGAGACCUGAUUGUCAGCUGCUGGCCUGACCCAAACCCACCAGUGUGCAAGAUCCUGCAGAAGCCCUCCAGAAUCCUCUUCCUCAUGGAUGGUUUUGAUGAGCUGCAAGGGGCCUUUGAUGAACAUAUUGGAGAGGUCUGCACAGACUGGCAGAAAGCUGUGAGGGGAGACAUUCUGCUGAGCAGCCUCAUCCGAAAGAAGCUGCUGCCCAAGGCCUCUCUGCUCAUUACGACGAGGCCGGUAGCCUUGGAGAAGCUACAGCAUCUGCUGGACCACCCUCGCCAUGUAGAGAUCCUAGGGUUCUCUAAGGCCAAAAGGAAGGAGUAUUUCUUUAAGUAUUUCUCAGAUGAGCUGCAGGCCAGGGAAGCCUUCAAGUUAAUCCAAGAGAAUGAGAUCCUCUUUACCAUGUGCUUCAUCCCCCUGGUCUGCUGGAUUGUGUGCACAGGGCUGAAACAGCAGAUGGAGACUGGAAAGAGCCUGGCCCAGACCUCCAAGACCACUACUGCUGUCUAUGUAUUUUUCCUUUCCAGCCUGCUGCAAUCCCGAGGGGACAUGGAGGAGCACCUCUUCUCUUCUUACCUGCAGGGGCUCUGCUCACUGGCUGCAGAUGGAAUUUGGAAUCAGAAAAUCCUAUUUGAGGAGUGUGAUCUGAGGAAACAUGGCCUGCAGAAGACAGAUGUCUCUGCAUUCCUGAGGAUGAAUGUGUUCCAAAAGGAAGUGGACUGUGAAAGAUUCUACAGCUUCAGCCACAUGACCUUCCAGGAGUUCUUUGCUGCUAUGUACUAUUUGCUGGAAGAGGAAGAAGAGGAGACAGUUAUGAAGAAGGGACCAGCAGGUUGUUCAGAUCUUCUGAACCGAGACGUAAAGGUCCUCCUAGAAAAUUACGGCAAAUUUGAAAAAGGCUAUCUGAUUUUUGUUGUUCGUUUCCUCUUUGGCCUUGUAAACCAGGAGAGAACCUCCUAUUUGGAGAAGAAAUUAAGUUGCAAGAUCUCUCAGCAAGUCAGACUAGAACUGCUGAAAUGGAUUGAAGUGAAAGCCAAGGCCAAGAAGCUACAGAGACAGCCUAGUCAGCUGGAACUCUUCUACUGCUUGUAUGAGAUGCAGGAGGAAGACUUUGUGCAGAGAGCCAUGGACCACUUUCCCAAAAUUGAGAUCAACCUCUCUACCAGAAUGGACCAUGUGGUUUCUUCCUUUUGUAUCAAGAACUGUCAUCGGGUGAAAACACUUUCCCUGGGGUUUCUCCAUAACUCACCCAAGGAAGAAGAUGAAGACAAGGGGGGAACUCGGCAUAUGGACCAGGUCCAAUGUGUUUUCCAAGAGCCCCAAGCUGCCUGUUCUUCCAGAUUGGCAAACUGCUAUCUUACAUCCAGCUUCUGCCGAGGCCUCUUCUCCAGUCUAAGCACCAACCAGAACCUCACUGAGCUGGACCUCAGCGACAAUACUCUGGGGGAUCCGGGUAUGAGGGUGCUGUGUGAGGCACUCCAGCAUCCAGGCUGUAACAUUCAGAGACUGUGGUUGGGGCGCUGUGGACUUUCCCAUCAGUGCUGUUUCGACAUCUCCUCGGUCCUGAGCAGCAGCCAGAAGCUAGUGGAGUUGGAUCUGAGUGACAAUGCCCUGGGGGACUUUGGAGUCAGACUUCUGUGUGUGGGACUGAAGCACCUGUUCUGCAACCUGCAGAAACUCUGGUUGGUCAGCUGCUGCCUCACAUCCGCGUGUUGUCAGGAUCUCGCAUUGGUUCUGAGCUCCCACCAUUCUUUGACCAGACUGUACAUUGGAGAAAAUGCCUUGGGAGAUUCAGGAGUUCAAGUGCUGUGUGAAAAAAUCAAGCACCCACAGUGUAAUUUGCAGAAGCUGGGGUUGGUGAAUUCUGGCCUUACAUCCAUUUGUUGUUCAGCUCUGACCUCUGUGCUCAAAGCCAGCCAGACCCUCACACACCUCUACCUACGAAACAAUGCCCUUGGGAACACAGGGCUCAAGCUCCUCUGCGAGGGACUUCUGCACCCUGACUGCAAGCUACAGAUGCUGGAAUUAGACAACUGCAGCCUCACCUCACACUGCUGUUGGAAUCUCUCCACAAUGCUGACCCAAAACCGGAGCCUUCGGAAGCUAAAUCUGGGCAACAAUGACCUGGGCGACCUGGGUGUGGUGAUGCUCUGUGAGGUUCUGAAACAGCAGGGCUGCCUCCUGCAGAGCCUUCAGUUGGGUGAAAUGUAUUUUAAUUAUGAAACAAAACAUGCCUUAGAAGCUCUUCAGGAAGAAAAGCCUGAGCUGACUGUUGUCUUUGAGCCUUCUUGGUAGGCAUGGAAACAGGACUGCCAUGUGCCACAGUCCUGCUCUGUGCCCUAGUGCAUACCAUUCUUCAUGGUUAUCAAACCCUCCUCCACCAUCAGGACCACAGCAAGACUCUUCAAGUUUCAGGUCUGGAGCAAAGGCUCAUGUGAGAAGACACGGAUGUUUUUCCCAGUGAUAAUGUGGCACCACCAGAGAAUGUGGUCCCAACACACCCUCAGUUGGCAAAGUGUUCGCUCUUGGUGACCUCAGGGAACCAACUUAUAGAAAGUUUUCUGUCCUUUCCUUUCCCUAUGCUGUUCUUUCCACUCUUUCCUUUCUCUCCUCAUUUUCUUUACAUUUGCUCAUAUCAUUGUUCUUGUCUCUCUUACCUCACUGUGUGCUAGGUGGCAAAGUCUGUGGCAACUGCUUGUUUUCAUUUUUUAUAGUUAUGUUUUCUGUUUAGCUACCUGAAAACCCAGAGAAUUAUAGAACCCAUAUUUGUAUUUAUUGUAUUAUGUACUGCUUUCUCAAUUUAAAAAUGUAUCUAGAAUUCUUUUAAGUUAUUUAUAACUUAAUAAACUUCUAAA